AUGCCAAUGCAGAAAGCUGAAGGGUGUGCCCAGUGUUUUUCUAAAAGUUCUAAUUACACAGAAACCUUACAGAGCUGUAGGGCUCCCUGCCCUGAGGUGACAGCCGCGCCGCCGGCGCCGGAGCUGAGGAAGCAGCAAGGGGUGAAGCGGCAUCACCACAAGCACAACCUGAAGCAUCGCUACGAGCUGCAGGAGACGCUGGGCAAGGGCACCUAUGGCAAAGUGAAGCGGGCCAUCGAGAGGUUUUCCGGCAGAGUGGUUGCAAUAAAAUCCAUUCGUAAGGACAAAAUUAAGGAUGAACAAGAUAUGGUUCACAUCAGACGAGAGAUUGAAAUCAUGUCAUCCCUCAGCCAUUCUCAUAUCAUCACUAUAUUUGAAGUAUUUGAAAAUAAAGAUAAGAUUGUGAUCAUCAUGGAGUAUGCAAGCAAAGGGGAGUUGUACGAUUACAUCAGUGAGAGGCGGAGGCUGAGCGAGAGGGAGACAAGACACUUCUUCCGGCAGAUUGUCUCCGCUGUACAUUACUGUCACAAGAACGGUGUUGUCCAUAGGGACCUAAAACUGGAAAACAUCCUUCUUGAUGACAAUUUUAACAUUAAGAUUGCAGACUUUGGGCUCUCCAACCUCUAUCACAAAGACAAGUUUCUGCAGACCUUUUGUGGGAGCCCAUUGUAUGCUUCCCCAGAAAUUGUUAAUGGAAGACCCUAUCGAGGCCCAGAGGUCGACAGCUGGGCCCUUGGUGUAUUGCUUUACACUCUGGUUUAUGGAACGAUGCCCUUUGAUGGCUUUGAUCACAAAAAUCUAAUCCGGCAGAUCAGCAGCGGAGAAUAUCGUGAGCCAACACAGCCCUCAGAUGCUCGUGGUCUGAUCAGGUGGAUGCUGAUGGUGAACCCUGAGCGCCGAGCAACCAUUGAAGACAUAGCCAAUCACUGGUGGGUUAAUUGGGGCUACAAGAGCAGUGUUUGUGACUGUGAUGCCUUGAGAGAUUCGGAGUCCCCACUGCUGGCUAGGUUUAUUGACUGGCACCACCGUUCAACAGGCCUCCAACCAGAAACUGAUACCAAAAUGAAGUGCCUUUCCAAACCCAAAGGUUCCGAAGUUACGCUGGAGCGACAGAGGUCCCUGAAAAAAUCAAAGAAGGACAAUGCUGUUGUGCAAUCAAUCCAGGAAGGAGGAGCUGAGAACACCUCCAAACCAAGCUCUAAGAGGCCCAAAGGCAUCUUGAAGAAAAGGAGCAACAGUGAGCAUCGGUCUCACAGUGCAGGGUUCAUCGAAGGAGUGGCUAACCCAGUGUUACCCUCCACUUUUAAGAUAGAGCAAGAACUGUGUAGGACUGGUGUAGUCAUUAAGAGUGCCAUAGAGGGAGAGAUAGCAAGCAAAUAUGGCACUAAAACGUCUUCCCUCAUGCCAAAAAAAGGAAUCUUAAAGAAGACUCAGCAGAGAGAGUCUGGCUAUUACUCUUCUCCAGAACGAAGUGAAUCUUCUGAAUUGUUGGACAAUAAGGAUGAGACAGGAAACAGUGACACUUCCCCAGACAUCACUGAAACUCCAAGAAUUGGGUCUCAUAGCCAUUCCUACAGACGCAAGGGAAUCUUAAAACACAACAGCAAGUAUUCCACCAGUACCAUUGACUCUGCUUUGGUCAGUCCCGAAACAUCAAUGGUAGAAGCAAUGGAAGAAGGGAUCCUGCCUGGGGAUGGAUUAUCUCGAAGUUACAGUCGCCCUUCUAGUGUGAUUAGUGAUGACAGUAUUAUUUCCAAUGACUCCUUUGACUUGCUAGAUUUACAAGAGAGCAGGCCAAACAGGCAAAGGAUCCGGAGCUGUGUCUCUGCUGAAAACUUCCUUCAGAUCCGAGAUUUCGAAGGACUCCAGAACCGCCCCCGCCCACAGCAUCUGAAACGUUACCGAAAUCGGCUGGGGGACAGCAGUUUUUCCCUUCUAACGGACAUGGACGAUGUGACUCAGGUCUAUAAGAAGGCGCUGGAGAUCUGCAACAAACUCAACUAGCACAGUGGAGAUGGUGGGAAGGGAAGGGAGUUGUCGUGUACCUUUAUGAUGGAGUUAGCCUGGUUACCAAUUUGCUGACAGUGAUAGGGUCAUCCAAAUGGACUUGAAUGUGCAAGCCUGAAAACCUUGAGAUACAUAAAACCUCCAAGUCUUCUCUUGAACAUUAUGCAAACUCUCUUUUAGUUUGCUUUACUGAAGUAUGACCUAGUUUCCCAAGAAAAUAAUUCAUAUGUGAUACAAACAUACAGGGCCUGGAUCAGUGGGCUCGUGCUCCGUGAUGGAGAUUUAUAAGUACUGUGGUCAUACAAACAAGCAAACAAACAAAAUCAGGAUCUGGCAGCCAAAAGCAUAACAUAAAUUCAGAUUGGAAAUAAGGCAUGUAUUUUUAACAGCGAGGGUAGUUAACUAGUUUACUGAAGUGCUGUAUUUUUCAUCACUGAAAUCUUUGCCGAUAUUGGAUGUCUUUCUAAAACAGGGGUGGGGAAUGCUUUUUGGGUCGGGGUUGCUGACCCACCAAAAAAUCAGUCGGGGGCUGUAUGCAAGUGAGAAGCAAAAACAAAAACCCACUCCCAUAUUCCCCUCACACAUAUGCCCCUGGGGGCCCAGAUUAGUAGAUUAUGUGUGCUCUGGCCCCCCAGUGGAGUGAUUGGAGCGCCAGCAUGGGGGCCUCAGUGUGGGGGUGGGCACUGAGCCUCAGGGACCAGAUCCAGGCAAGCUGUGGUUUCCCACCCCUGUUCUAAAAGAUAUACUCCAGUUCAGUCCAAAGUUCUUUGACUUGAUGCAAGAAUUACAGGGUGAAAUAUCUAAGGCCUGUGUUAUGCAGGAGGCCAGAGCAGAUGUUUACUAUGGUCCCUUCUGGUUCUAGAAAUCUCAGAAUUUGCUAUAGAAAGGGUAGUUUUAAAUAGUCACCUCAGUGUGGUGUUCCUGGAAAAUAUCAGGCAUGUGGCUACAGGUUCAGAUUUUCCACCUACCAUGUCAUUCUCCUCACUAGUGAAGAGCAUAGUACUUAUGGUCAGAUAUGAACCGAUCAGUGAAAAAAUGCAACAUUUGAAACCAUCGUGUGAGCUAGAAAAAGUUGUAUAUUGCAAGUAGCUAAUUGAGUCCCUACCCCCCUGCUCAAACACAUUUAGUAGGGUUAUGACAUUUUCCAGAUUGCCAGCCAAACAAAUACCAAGGAAGAGCAGUGUUUUUCAUAAUUUCUCAAGGUUUAAUUGAGCACAAAAUCCAGAUUUCAGUCAUUUACACUGUCAGCAAAUGGUGGUGUUUUGCUUAUUAGUAUGUAUCUGAGAGUGGAUAAUAAUUUGCCUUUAGAAUGUUAGCUUAAGAAAAGGAUUGUAGCAUGUAGUAAUGGACAGAGGACUGAAACUCGGUGAGAAUGUGCCUUUUUCCAAAUAAGGUUUCGAAGUAGGUAGUAGUGGAACAGAAGGAAUUUGACCAUGAGUACUGGAAUGAGAACAGUCGACUUGAUAAGAGAUUUGGUGUAAAAAUACAGAUAAAUACCUGUAUUUGUAGUUGGUUCUACAUGAGCAAUGGUAUCAGUCUGAAAAGGAGAAAAAUGUAUAUGUUUCCUUGGAUAUAUCUAAGUAUCUAAACUUAAGGCUUCAACUCCCAUAAAGGUACCACUUGGGUCUACUGGAUUACCUGAAUGUAAGCCUCGGUUAGCAAGGCACUAUGUGUUCGACAGGCCUGGGCAAACUGGAGUCAUAUGGCCAAUUUUUGAUCUUAUUUACAUGAACAUAUGCUCUUAGGCUUUACUGGGGCUACACUGGUGUGACUGCAGACAGAAUUUAGCCUGUGAGGUCUAAUUGGCAGCAGCUUUAAUGGUCUAAACA